UGAGGUGGAGUGGACUGCGUGGGGCGGUUUGCCGCAGCGAUGAGAAACACUCGUGAAAAACACUCACAGUGUUCACACGCACGCGCACACAGCAUCACCAUGAGUAACUAGUCUGAGUUCAGUCAGUGAGGUUUGAUGUGCAUGUGUGUGCGCGAGCAUCAGGUUCAAUCUGGACUCACGCGCACACGCUCACAUGCGCGUGCACACACAGCUGCGUCCGCGACCAUGCAGGAGGAGGAGGACAGCAGGGAGAACAGACCACCAGCAGUGGCGAGGUCCCCCCACCACAGCCGGCAUCAACCCUGCACCAGUCCUGCCUUGAUGAACACUUCCUGGCAGCUCAGCUACCAAGAAGACAGCCUGCUGCCUUACGACCAGGGAUUCCCACAGCUCCUCGACGAUGUGCACGCUCCUGAGCUCGUGCACGUGUCGGAAAAGAACCUGUCCGAGAUUGAGAAUGUGCACGGAUACGUGUCCCAUUCCCACAUCUCUCCUCUCAAGGCCAGUCCUGCUCCAGCAAUCAUCAACAUAGAAGCCUUGGACUCCAGUCCUUAUGUCAAUGGUACAGAAAUCGAGUACGAGUUUGAAGAAAUCACUCUGGAGAGGGGCAACUCUGGUUUGGGCUUCAGUAUAGCUGGAGGGACUGACAACCCCCACAUUGGGGAUGAUCCAGGAAUCUUCAUCACCAAGGUCAUCCCUGGAGGAGCUGCUGCAGAAGAUGGGCGUCUGAGGGUGAACGACUGCAUCCUGCGGGUGAAUGAAGCAGACGUGUCUGAGGUGUCCCACAGUAAAGCUGUGGAGGCGUUGAAGAUCGCCGGCUCUGUUGUUCGUCUGUAUGUUCGACGUCGCAGACCGAUGGUGGAGACGAUCACCGACAUCAAACUCACCAAAGGACCAAAAGGACUGGGGUUCAGUAUCGCAGGAGGAGUCGGAAACCAGCACAUCCCUGGAGACAACAGCAUUUACGUGACCAAAGUCCUUGAUGGGGGCGCAGCGCAGAGGGAUGGUCGACUGCAGGUUGGAGACAGGUUACUGAUGGUGAACAACUGCAGUCUGGAGGAGCUUUCUCAUGAAGAGGCGGUGGUCAUCCUGAAGAACACGUCAGACGUGGUCCACCUGAAGUGUGGGAAGCCCACCAAUGUCUUCUUGUCAGACUCCUGUGGACCUCCUCAUGUCACACGGUCAGCGUUUCCUCCGGCACUGGAAAACCUCAUCUGCUCCCCCAUCAACAGUGCAACUCUGACUUCCAUCUCUCCAGGAAGCUACUCCCCCAUCACCAAACACAUGCUGGGAGAAGACGACAUGGACAGAAAUCCCUUUCGAGAUGACAGGGAAGGGAACGGCCUGGAUUGCCACUACUUCCAGCUGAGGCCUCCAGAGCCCGUUUACAGCACUGUGAACAAACCCUGUGACAAAGCGCCCUCGCCCCGACUCUCCUCCCCCAGGGAGAGCAGCAGAAGCCUCCUCCACUGUGCCCCCAUCCCUAGCUCUAACCUCAGUCUGUUCCCCGAGCUGGACCUGAGCAGGGAACCCAGGAAGGUCGUCCUCAACAAAGGCUCCACAGGCCUGGGCUUCAACAUCGUGGGAGGGGAAGAUGGCGAGGGCAUCUUCGUGUCCUUCAUCUUAGCAGGAGGACCCGCUGACCUCAAUGGAGAGCUGAGACGAGGCGACCACAUCUUAUCGGUGAACGGCAUCGACCUCCGAGGAGCCACACAUGAGCAAGCGGCAGCAGCUCUGAAAGGAGCCGGUCAGGUGGUCACCAUCGUCGCUCAGUUCAGACCAGAAGAGUACAGCCGUUUUGAAGCCAAAAUCCACGACCUCCGGGAGCAGAUGAUGAACCACAGCAUGAGCUCAGGGUCAGGAUCCCUACGAACCAAUCAGAAGAGGUCCCUCUACGUCAGGGCGCUGUUCGACUACGAAAGGUCCAAAGACAGUGGUCUCCCCAGCCAGGGGCUCAGCUUCAGGUACGGAGACAUCCUCCACGUCAUCAAUGCCUCUGACGAUGAGUGGUGGCAGGCCCGUCGUGUUACUCCGCACGGAGACAGUGAGGAGAUGGGUGUCAUCCCCAGCAAGAAGCGGGUGGAAAGGAGGGAGCGUGCGCGUCUAAAGACGGUGAAAUUCAACGCCAGACCAGGGUUAUGUGAUUCAAAAGGGUCAUUCACUGACAUACAUAAAAAGAAUUUCAUCUUUACGAGAAAGUUCCCAUUCUACAAGAACAGAGAUGAUGAGCUGGACGGCGGUGACUUGCAGCGGAGUCAAGAAGACGUGAUUCUCUCGUAUGAACCUGUGCUGCGACAAGAAAUUACUUAUGCCAGACCUAUCAUUAUCCUUGGACCAAUGAAGGACAGGAUCAAUGACGAUCUGAUCUCCGAGUUCCCGGACAAGUUUGGCUCCUGUGUUCCACAUACCACGAGGUCAAGGAGGAACUACGAGGUGGAUGGGCGAGAUUACCACUUUGUCAUGUCCAGAGAGCAGAUGGAGAAGGACAUCCAAGAACACAAGUUCAUCGAGGCGGGGCAGUACAAUGAUAAUCUGUACGGCACAAGUGUCCAGUCUGUGAGAUUUGUGGCUGAGAGGGGUAAACACUGUAUCCUGGAUGUGUCUGGGAAUGCCAUCAAACGACUACAAGUAGCACAACUCUAUCCAAUUGCAAUCUUCAUAAAACCGAAAUCCAUUGAAUCAUUAAUGGACAUGAAUAAGAGACUGACAGAGGAACAAGCAAGGAAGACUUUUGACAGAUCUUUGAAACUGGAGCAGGAGUUUGGGGAGUUCUUCACAGCACUGGUCCAAGGAGACACUUUAGAGGACAUUUACAACCACUGCAAACAGGUCAUAGAGGAACACUCAGGACCUUAUAUCUGGAUCCCAUCAAAGGAGAAACUUCAAUGACUUCUGAUCCUGGAAGGGAGUCUGGACUUGUAGGAAUGGGCUCCCACACAUGAAAACUGUGUAACAAUAAAUAGGUCUGUAUUUAUACUUCCUGAGAAUAAGAUUUUUUUAUUUUAUUUUCUCUGUUGUUUGGUUACUGUAUCAUUUUCUCAACAUGAAUGUUCCUCAUUAUGAAUGUUUUAAGAAAACAAAGUUCAGUUAAUAUAAGCACUAGGAGUAAAUGGGUUUUCAUUCGGGAGGAAGAGGACAUAAAAACAGCAGAUGUCUUUGCUUUGCAUGCAAAGGAAAGUAGGUUCUUCAACUGUAACACCAACUUUCUCCUUUAACACUGCAAUUAGCAAAUAAACAA